GACGAGCCAAUAGGAGGCACGCUUCCUGACUGAUAAGCACCGAGGGCUAUGGAAUCCGAGUGGCUUUGGGCUGUCAUUCAUUACAGGACGCUAAGUUAUAGCAUUACAUAGGGCAGUGCUCUUUAAAAGGUGAUAUUUAUUGUCUGGUCCACACAGACCGACACAUUGUGCUGCUGAGACCUGUGGAGGGGAGCGACACACGGACGGCGUGAAGAAUGGCCCAGGGGAUACCAGACGAGAUCAUGAUGGAUGCUACGCUGAUAGAGGACUUUGCAGAGGUGGCAAAAGAUGUAGCACUUCUGCAGGGUGUCCUCAUGAGGAUCCAAGAGUCCUCCAACUCAUCAGAGCUGGUGACGUAUGCUCCGUUCACUCUCUUCCCCACACCUGUGCCUAAGGCUGUGUUCCUCCAGGCUCUGGCAGUGCAAACACACUACAACACGCUGGUGGACAAGAUCAGCCAAGAUCCAGACUUUCUGCAAGAGGCACUAACCAGCACCAUUGAAGUGGACGAUUUCACCGCAAGGUUGUUCAGGAUCCAUCAACAAAUCCUAACAGAAGGAAGGGCUCAGUCCAUUGUGUUGGGUCUCAACCGGUCCGACUACAUGCUGGACCAGGGGGAGGACGGGUCGUCGUCUCUGAAGCAAAUUGAAAUCAACACCAUUGCUGCCAGUUUCGGUGGUCUCUCGUCACGCACGGCAGAUGUUCACCGACAUGUCCUCAAGGUGGCUGGGAAACUGGAGGAGAGCCAGCGGAUCCUUGACAACAAUCCUGCCUCUGGUCUGGCCAGGGCUGUUGCCAAAGCCUGGGAGCUCUAUGGAUCAGAGAGAGCAGCCGUCAUGUUCUUGGUGGAGGAGAGCCAAAGGAACAUCUUUGAUCAGCGAUACAUAGAGAGCGAACUGUGGAAGAGGAACAUUCCCACAAUAAGAAAGCGGUUCGACGAUGUUUGUAAAACAGGGUCCCUUGAUCAGGACAAGAAGCUAUUUGUUGGUGGCCAAGAGGUUGCAGUGGUGUACUUCAGGAACGGCUACAUGCCUCAGAACUACAUUUCGGAACAGACUUGGGACGCUCGUCUCCUGAUGGAGCGCUCCCUGGCCGUGAAAUGUCCAGAUAUCAGCACCCACCUCGCUGGAACCAAGAAGGUCCAGCAGGUGCUCGCCAGACCCGGAGUCCUGGAGAGGUUUUUCCCCGACCAGCCCCGAGUGGUGGAGCAGAUCAGAGCGACGUUCGCCGGCCUCUACACUCUAGACAUGGGCCCAGAGGGUGACAAAACGGUGGAAAUGGCUUUGGCAGCACCGGACCGGUUUGUCCUGAAGCCCCAGCGAGAAGGAGGAGGGAACAACAUCUAUGGAUCGGAGAUCUGCCGGGUCCUGCACGGAGCGGAGGGGAGCACGGAGAGGACGGCCUACAUUCUGAUGGACAAAAUCCACCCCGCCCCCGUACGGAACUACCUGCUGAGACGAGACGCCCCUCUCAAAAUCAGUAACUGCCUCAGUGAGCUGGGAGUGUUUGGAACAUAUGUCAGGCAAGGUAAAGACAUGGUGAUGAACGAGUGCGCGGGCCAUCUGCUGAGGACCAAGAGUUCCGAGCACUCGGACGGAGGCGUGGCAGCGGGAGUGGCCGUGCUCGACAACCCCCUUCUCGUCUGAGAACUCGGGGCUUCUUCUUAAAAUGUUUCCUCCAACAGACAAAUGCACAAUUACACUUAAUCGGAAUCAUCAUAUGUGUGUGAUGCAGAGCUGCGUAGUCUGAAGACGAAGCCUCCGUUCCUCCAGGAUUCCUCCUGCUGUUGGACGUGAUGCAGGAGACGGAUGUCUUUGUGUCGUCUCUAGUGUAGCUCAGUGGCAUUAACCCACAUCAGUGGUUCCAAAAGGGUUCACGAUAACAGGUUUCUUAUAGUUUUUUUGGUAUCAUGAUCCAAACUGAAGCCGAUAUCUUUCACUUUUGAUAUUUUGAUAAAAAAAAUCCUCACUGUCACUCUUUUAGGGGCAUGGUGACUUUUUUUUUUCCUGGACCAGUCUUUGAUGUACUGUUUUAUUUUAAAUCUGCAUUGACAGCAGCCCAAUAUUGGAAAUAUAAGUGUUCAAUUUCUGACUGUAUGUAAUUUGGGAAAUUUGAUCUUAUCAUGUGUUUGUUUUUAAGAAAAUAGUUUACGGUUACUUCAUUUUGACUGAUUAAACUUUUGGAGAGCAGGUUUGCCCUGGAUUUAUGAAAUAUGCAUAACUCUUGACAAUAAAACCUUGAUCGCAAAAGGUAGAAGGGUGAAGCCGAUGGUGAAUGGGCGGUAACGGGUAAAGUUUGGAGAAGAAGAAAAUAAAUGUAUUUAGCUGCUUUUUGAUGUUCUCCAUCAACCGAUUGCCUUUAUCAUAACUGUAUUUAUCACUUGAACUAUGCCGAGUGCUGCUCAUUUUUACGACUGAGACAAGCAACUAAUAAAAGAUUUGUACCAUC